AUGGCUCAGAACAAGAAUGCACCGGACCUGGAUGCGGAUAUGGAACUGGCGCUUCAGGAAGCGCUGGAGAACGAUCUGACAUCGGGCGACACCGGUGAUAUGGCCGAUGUCGAUCUGGACAGCGAAUUGUCGCUGGACGACUUCGAAGCGCAGGUCAGCAAGGCCGCCGGAGAACUCAGCGAAGCCAACCAGCCCGUCGAACCUGCCGUUGCAGUUGCCGCUGCCGCAGGCACAACCGCCGCCGCGGCGACCGCGUCGGCCCCCUAUCGCGCCGCCAAUGACGACAGCGCCGAGCGCGAAUAUGCCCAACUGCUCGAACGGAUCAGCGCGCGGCCGGGCGGGCAAUCGUUCGUCUGGGCGACCAUCGUCAGCCUCAUCUGGAUCGGCGCCGGCGCCGCGCUGGCGCACAUUCUCUAUUCACCCGAUGUCUGGCAGAUCAGGACGAUCGAACAAUUGCGCGCCCUGCCCGGCGUGAUCGCGAUCAUGAUCGGCGUCGUCGUGCCGGUCAUCUUGUUCUACGGGUUUGCGGUGCUCGUUCGCCGGGCCCAGGAGAUGCGCAACACCGCCCGGUCGAUGAGCGAGAUCGCCUUCCGCCUGGCAGCGCCUGAAAACCUCGCCCAGGAGCGCGUCGCCAUGGUCGGCCAGGCCGUCCGGCGCGAGGUCGCCGCGAUGGGCGAAGGCAUCGAGCGGACCAUCGCGCGCGCCAGCGAACUCGAAGCGCUGAUGCAGAACGAGGUCACCGAGCUCGAACGCGCCUACACCGACAAUGAAGUGCGGGUCCGCUCGCUUCUGAGCGAACUGGGCAAUCAGCGCGAGGGCGUCGUCACCCAUGCCGAACGCCUGCGCGCGUCGAUCUCCGGCGCCCAUGAGCAGUUGCGCGAGGAACUGACGGCGGCCACCAACACGCUCGGAGACAAGAUGCUGUCUGCUUCUGAGCAUCUGACAACCAACAUCAACAAGGCCGGCGACAGCCUGCUCGACCGCCUCAACGAGACCGGCUCGACCGUCAAUGCCGGCCUUGCCAGCCAAAUGGACGAGAUCUCCGGGCGGUUUACCGCCUCGGGCGAUGCGCUCGCCAGCCUGAUCGAGACCCGCAUUGCCAAUCUCAACGCCGUCACCGAGACGGCCGGGCGCGAACUGGGCGCCACGAUCGAGGGCCAGGCCGAGAAUCUCAAGAGCCUGCUGGCAGAACGCGGCCAGAACCUCGUCGAGGAGUUCGAGACGCGCAUUUCGGCCGUCGAUGCGAGCACGGAGCGCCUCAACGUGGCGCUGGACGCGCGCGCGCGCCAGCUCAACGAGACGCUGCUCGACCGCACCCGCGCGAUCGCCGACACGCUCACCGACGGCGCACAAUCGAUCACCGAAACCGCCGAAAGCGCGCGCAAUUCGGUCGAGGAACAGACCGGCGCCGCCCAGCGGUCGCUGAGCGAGGCGAUGGAGACGCGCACCGCGGCGAUCGCCGAAACGCUCGACGGCGUCUCGGCGCGCAUGACCGCCGCAGUCGACGAACGGACCGCCGAUUUCCUCGCCAGGGCCGAAGCCCGCUCACAGGCGAUGACCGAUGCGGUGUUGCAGUCCGCCGAAACGCUGACUUCGACCAUGGACAGCCAGUCGGCGCGUCUUGACGGCAAGGCCGGCGAACUCGCCGAACGGUUCGUCUCGGCGACCGAUGAGGGCAUUGCGCGCCUGACGGACAAUGUCGAGCAGGCAACGCAGCGGCUCGACGAGAAGACGCAGGCCGCGUUUGCCGCCGCCCAUCACGGCACCCAGCGCAUCACCAGCGCGCUGGAAGAACAGACCGCGGCGAUGGAACGCCGUGCCGCCGCGCUCGGCGAGCAUGUCAGCGCCAGCGUGGAGCAGAACGCCGCACGCUUCAUCGAAGCGGGAACGGCGGCCGCCGACGCCAUAUCGGCCUCCACCAAGAGCACGAUGGAUGGCAUGGAGCAAGCGCACCAGCGGAUCACCUCCGGCAUCGCAGGGCUUGGCAAUGACGCGACGGCGAAACUUGCCAGUGCCGGCGAGGAACUGAUGGGCCGCCUGAUGGGCACCAGCAUGGACGCAGCCGCACAGAUCACCCAGAGCGCCGACGGUUCGGUCACCGAGCUCGAUGCCGCCAAUCAGCGUCUGGUGGCGUCCAUCGCCUCGCUGCGCGACAACGCGGUGUCGGGCCUGAGCAGUGCAACCGAAGAGACCGUCGCGCGUCUGCAGGGCGCCGGCGACGAGGUCGCAGCCAAGCUGGCCGCCAGCGGCGAGCGUGCCGUCUCCGGCCUGACGUCCGUCGGCGACGAGACGAUCGGACGCCUGAACGCGACAGGCGAAGCCACGGUGGCGAAAGUCUCCGAAAGCACCGGCGCAUUUCUUGAGCGGCUCGAGGAAAAGACAGCGGCCCUGUUCGGAGCGACCGAGCGGACCGCGCAGAGCCUUUCGGCCGUGCUCGAUGCGCCAAGCGCCGACAUCGAGGCCAAGACAGAAGCGCUCACCCGGCGGCUGUCUGCCAUGGCCGACGAGAUCGCCUCCUCCGUCGAGGCCCGGUCCAAUGCGGCCGUGGUCGCGCUGCGCGAGGCGACAGACUCCAUCAACGAGGCCUUCACCGACCAGUCGGGCAUCGUCGACGAGCGUACGAGCACCAUGCAGCGCGCCCUUUCGGUGGGCGUCGACAAUGUCCGCCGCGUGCUCGAAGACAGCGCGGCGAACCUUGCCGGAACGCUGCGCGACCGCGUCGCAGAGACCCGGGCCGCGAUCGACGCGGAAACCGAGCGGGUCGCGCAACUGGGCGCCGACCAGAGCGAUGUGCUGACCGCGCGUCUUGGCGAGGUGCUGAAAACGCACCAGACGACGCUCAGCGAGGAGAUUGCCGCCUAUGACCGCCGCAUCGGCGAUCGCACCGGCGCGCUGGCGCGGACGCUGGAGACAACGGCCGUGCCGCUGAUCGAGCGCCUCGGCCAGGAUGGCGCGGAGAUCGCCGCACAACUGGAGAGCGCGACACGCGCUGCCACGGAGCGCCUGCGGGCGGAGAACGAUGCGCUGGUCAAUGCGCUCGCCAACCGAACCGCCGAGACGAUCACCGCCGUCGAAUCCAUGCAGAACAAUCUGUCCGGUGCUGUCGGCGGCCUGCUCGACCGGACGCGAGAGACCGUCGAGACCAUGCAGAACAGCCUUGGCGGCGAUGUUGGCAGCCUUCUGGACCGCCUGUCGGCCUCCAACGCCAAGCUGGGCGAACUGAUCGAGAUGGCGACCGGCAAUCUGGGCGCCAUCGAGGGCAAGCUGGCCGAAACCACCGAGGGCUUUGCCAGCCGUACCGGCGCGAUCGCGCAGAACCUCAACACGUCCGUUUCGCUGCUGGGCAACAAUGCCGAGAAACUCGACAAUGUCUCGCAGAAGACGCUCAACGACAUCGCAUCGAUCGCUGCCCGAUUCGACGAUCACGGCAAGGUGCUGGCCUCGGCAUCGGACCUGUUCGAGAAGGCCCAGUCGAACCUCGAAGUAACGCUCGGCGAUCGCCGCGACGCUCUGGAGGCACUGGCUUCGGGACUGGUGGCCAAGUCCGAGGAAAUCCAGCGGACCAUGCGCUCGUUCGAGACGAUGAUCGGCGACACGCUGAGCCAGGUGGAAAGCCGUGCGCUCAGUUCGACCGACAAGCUGGCCACCAGCAUCCGGCAGACCGCCGACGAAGCCAUGGGCCGGUUCGACGAAGCAACGGCGCAAAUGCGGCAUGUAUCGUCGGAGAUUCGGUCGGAGCUCGAAAGCGCGCGGGACGAGGUGCGCCGCGGCGUGCUCGAACUGCCAGAGGAAACGCGCGAAAGCGCCAAUGCGAUGCGGCGCGCGGUCAGCGAGCAGAUCAACGCGCUCAAGGACCUCUCACGCAUCGUCGAGGAAUCGGGACGCGCAUUCGACGUGGGAGGCGCAGCCCGCUCAAAAAAGCCGCAGGCCCGGUCGGAUAGCGCGGACGACCGCGCCCCGGCCGGGCAUGCCGCUCCCCUGGCUGCCGCCCAGCCGGAGCUUCGCGGCGGGUUCGACGACACACCGCCCGCCGCUCCGCCGCGUGCGCCCGAGCCCGACCGUCGGGCACCGGCAUCGUCCGAUGGCGGCGGCUGGGUGAGCGACCUGUUGAAACGCGCAUCGAGCGAGGAGCAGCCCGCCCCGGCGCGGCAGCCGGCCCAGACGGUCGAGUCGCUCAAUUCGCUGUCGGUCGACAUCGCCCGGGCGAUCGAUCACGAGGCAGCCGCCCAAUUGUGGGAUCGCUACCGGCGCGGCGAACGCGACAUCUUCACGCGCCGUCUCUACACGCUUGCCGGGCAACGCACCUUCGAGGACAUCAAGGCGCGCUAUGGUCGUGAUCCGGCGUUCCGCUCGUCCGUCGACCGCUACGUGCGGGACUUCGAACGCCUGCUCAGCGACGUGUCGCGCAACGACCGCGACGGUGUGAUGUCGCAAACCUACCUGACGUCCGACACGGGCAAGGUUUACACCAUGCUGGCCCAUGCGAGCGGUCGCCUGCGCUGA